AUGGAGGCGGAGUUUCCUGAGGAAUUGCAAACAAAAGCCUACGGCAUUCUAAGCUCCAACGAUGUUGAACUACUGGAGACACUCUAUUCUCACUUGUUUGGCUCCCAAGAGCCCCAAAGAUGUAGCCCUGUCUCUGACAAUAGGUCCAGGUCUGCUCUUGUGCUACGUUAUGUCAAAGUUUGUGACCUUUGGCCUAAGCUGUCUUUAAUUGCUCAAAAUUACAUCAAAUCCCACAUCCUUGUUUGUCUUCAAGAGGAAGUUUCAAUGCCCACUUUGAGACUAAUUUGCGGUAUUGUGUCUGAAAUGGGCUCUGAGAUCUCCAAGGCUGGCAGUGAAUGGCCGGAGCUCAUCGAGUUUUUGUUGAACUCUAUUCAAUCGGAUUACGAAAAGUUACAACAAUCUGCAAUGUGGGUGUUGGCUUAUUUGCCAAAAGGGUUCCGUCCUGUUGUUUGUGAAGCACUAGUUCCUAGCCUUGAACUUUUACACUCGGCGAUAUUACAAGCGUUGAGUUCCCCCAAUGCUGAUAUUCAGGUUACUGCAUUUGGUGCUGUGGUUAGUUUGAUAGGUUUGUUCACCAGUUCAAAGGAGCGCAACUGGUUUAAUGACCUUUUGAGAGCAAUGAUGGUGGGACUGUUUAACUUAUUGAGUCACUUGAAAGAAGAAUAUGCGCGCGGGGCUGUCAAUGAGUUGAUAAUGUUGGUCCUGGAUGAGCCACAGAUCUUGAAGCCAUACCUUAACCAUCUAGUGCUCGACAUGCUUAACGUGCUAGAGUGUAAACAAGUGACAGAUAAAACGAAACUCUUUGUUGACAAGUUCUUGCUCGCAAUGGCAGAAGCCACAGAUUUGGCACCUAUGAUGAGGGAGCUACCUCAUGAAACAAUGGUUAGGCUGCUCACAACCGCAAUGCAAUUGCUUCUCUCUAUAAAAGAUGACAAUGCAUGGUACAACACGGAAAGCGAGCUGGGUGAGAAUGAUGGAAAGAUGGAUGUAUACAAAGCUGGGAUUUUGUUCCUGAAAAAACUUUCAACUGCUUUGGGUGAAAAACGAAUACUUCCUAUAUGUUUUGAGUUGUUCUUAGAGCACAUGGAGGCUGAUGAGUGGAAGAAGCGUCAUGCAGGGAUUUCUUUGCUAGCAGUGAUCGCAGAGGAGUGCUCAGAUGAAAUGGUAAUGAGGAAAGAUUGUUUGGACCAAGUUACUGAAAUUAUUUUGAAGUCAUUCGGGGAUCCUCAUCCUCGAGUUUGUUUGGCAGCUUUUAAUUUUAUGCAACAGCCUACAAAUCUGGUCCAGGCAAUGCAAAUUCUCUAUCAUUUGAGGUUUGUCUGUGCACUGGAUGCCGCACUUGACCAACACCGGAAUCCAACAGCCAAGAGUCUUGUAGGAUCUUUGAACUACGUCUUUCUCAGCUGA